ACAUGAAAGGCCCUUGAUGAUCAUUCGAGGGUUCCUUUUACAUGGUGUAACACCUGCACUAAAUGUGAUGCGUGCUGCAGAUCGCUGUGAGCAGUGACAGGCAUAUAUGGGACACCCAAUCUUGAUUUCUACCUCCAAGUUUAAAUCUGGAAGUCAUCGUGAUAUUUUGUCGGUAUUGGAAGGAAGAGAAGACAAGAGCGGACAAGAUACGGAUAACAUUUCCAGUGCCUUGCCGAGUGACAGAAUACGUUACAGUGGCUUGAAGCGUGGAGGAGUGCUUUUAACAUGGCGUUGCUAUUUCAUAGGGCAAGUUUUGUAACAAGAAUACUAAUAAUAAUUGGGAUUGUAGGAGAAUUCGAGAUGACACUAUGUGCUGUUACAAGAAGAGGUGCUUCAUCACACUGCCCGGACGAGAAACCAUACAUGGAAUCUGGACAGUGUACCCCGGACUGCAGUCCAGGAUUGUACGGUGAUGAUGUCACAAGAAGGUGUGAAACUUGUGUCCCUUCUUGCAAGACGUGUCUUGGAAGUGCAGACAGGUGCACAAGUUGUCCUGACCCAUUUUAUUUGCUGGGGAACAAAUGUGAAGAGAGCUGUGGUACUCUGCUCUCCCGAGGUCCAGCGCGUGGUCGAAUUCGAUUGACCGGUGGUCGUAACGAUUUCGAAGGUUUGGUCCAAAUCCUGCACGACGGCGUCUUUGGAACUGUCUGUGAUGAUGAGUGGAAUAUGAAUGCAGCGAGGGUGAUUUGUCGAGAGCUCCAACUUGGUGAUGCUAUAGAAGCUGUUAAUGCUGCUGAUGCUGGUUUCACCCCUGUUUCUCUUCGCACUCCAAUCUUGCUGGAUGGCAUCACUUGUCGCGGUGAUGAGAGCAGCAUCCAAUCUUGCAGUCAUGGCAACUGGUAUACCAGCGGAUGCGGUCAUUUUGAAGAUGCAGGAGUUCGUUGCUCUGGUCCAGAUGUUUCCCGUCUUUGUGUGAGCGAAUGCGGUGAUGGUUUCUACCAGGUACCUAGUACAUCGGAAUGUCAACUUUGUGACGUCACUUGUAAAACAUGCUCGGAGCGCUCCGACAGGUGUAUGACCUGCGACGCGCCACGCUUUCUCCGCUCCGACCAAUGUCUGGAGGACUGUGGAUUUGGCUUCUAUGGCGAUAUUCGAACGCGCACCUGUCAGCCGUGCAGCCCAUACUGCAAGAACUGCAUGGAUGGGGAUACGAAUGACGUAUGCUCCAGCUGUUUGGACGGUACUUUUCUACAGAACGGAAGGUGCGUGACGACUUGUACGGAGCCGCUGCUUUCCAAGCAUUUGCCGAUCAGAAUUGUGGAUGGAACGACGCCUUUUGAAGGAAGAGUUGAGGUUUACGUCAAUGGAGAUUGGGGAACGGUAUGUGAUGACGAUUUUGAUAUUCAUGAUGCAGAAGUUGUCUGCAGGCAACUUGGUUUUGGAGAGGCUGUGGCUGCAGUUAGAGCUCCAGGAUUUGGACCAGGCCAAGGUAAAAUCUUGAUGUCUGACUUAAGAUGCAAUGGUACAGAGGAUGAAUUGGUAAACUGUGUUCAAAGUCCCUUCAGUCAAAACAAUUGCUACCACCACGAAGAUGCAGGCGUCGAGUGCUCCGGGUCAUUAUCUAUUGUUUUAAAUUAUGGCUCUUCUACAAGAACUAUUGUUCACCCUGGAGCAACAGGUGCGUGUAAAGAGAGCUGCGAAGUGGGAUAUUACGCCAUCGGCCCACAAUGCCUUGCAUGUGACGCUGACUGUCUAGAGUGUGUGGGUGCACCAAACCAAUGUACAGCUUGUAAAGCACCCUCUUUCCUUCAGGGUUCAUCUUGUGUCAGUCAAUGCGGUAGUGGUCAGUUUGGCAACACGUUGACCUCUCGAUGCGAGGCUUGUGACAGAGAUGUUUGUGAUUCUUGUGCCGAUGGUGAUAGGAACAACAUCUGUACCUCCUGUCCACAGGGCAGAUAUAUGAAGGGUACAGAAUGUGUUUUGAACUGUGGACCAGACAUGUACCUACAAGAAAACAUGUGUGUUGAAGUCUGUGGUGUAGGAAACUACUCCAAUCCUAACAUGUUUACCUGUGAGCCUUGUGAAUCCCAGUGCCUGUCCUGCGGUUAUAUGGACACACCUAACGUCCAGUGCAUCACCUGCAAGCCCCCAAAGAUCUUGGACCCGACAUCAGGAGACUGUGUUGAUCAGUGUCCAGCCGGUCAGUAUUCUUUCAUCUUAGACCCAUCAUUUGUCAUGCCACAUCAAACUGUCCGUCUGGUUGAGGGACAUACCCAUCUACGAGGCAGAGUAGAGAUUUUUCAUGAUAACCAAUGGGGAACUAUCUGUGGAGAAUUCUUCAACAAAAACGCAGCCAAUAUUACCUGCCAGAGUCUAGGAUUAGGAAAUGCUGAAGGCCUGUUGGCGGUUGGUCCCGAAUCUGGCAUACCCUCUGGCGAUGGAUUGAUCUGGCUUGAUGACCUUCUAUGCGAUGGCACAGAAGAUAGACUAGAAGAUUGUCUCCAUACUGAAUGGGGUAAACAUAACUGUGAUCACACUUUAGAUGCUGCCAUACAGUGCUCAGGUCCUGGAAUUCGUGAGUGCACACCGGAAUGUCCCGAGGGUUUCUAUACCAGCCACUCAGACCGGUCCUGCCAACCCUGCAGGCUCCACUGCCAGACCUGUCAGGCUGGUCCAGACUACUCCUGCACCUCCUGUAUUCCAGGAACCCACCUCCUAGGGAUAGAGUGCGUAGAGGACUGUGGAUCAGGGUACUUCACCAGUAACGGGGUGUGUGCUCCCUGCAGCGAUAACUGCGCUACCUGUGACAUGGAUUCCACACACUGCACAAGCUGUACUGGCUCUCAAUUUUUGGAAGGAAACACAUGUGUUGAUACCUGUAGUGGCUACAAGCUUGAGAAGACUGACUCCAUCCGGCUGGUAGGGGGCGCCACUCCUCUCGAAGGACGUGUAGAGGUCAAAAUCGAUGGCAGUUAUGGGACUGUGUGUGAUGAUGAAUGGGAUAUCGUCGAUGCUCAUGUUGUCUGCAAGCAGCUUGGACUAGGAGUAGCGUUAGAAGCCAGCAUCGAAGCAAAGUUUGGGUCUGGGCAGGGCACCAUAGCUUUGGACAAUCUUUCCUGUACUGGUGAAGAAUCUAAUCUCCUAGCCUGUCAGCAUACUUCAGAUAAUGACUGUACACACAGGGAAGAUGCAGGAGUUGUAUGCUCUGGUCCUGAUGCUUCCAACAUGUGUAUCAGCAGGGCUCAGUGUAACAAUGGAAAGUAUGUGACUGCUGGUGGUAUCAGCUGCGGAGUAUGUGAUAUCAAUUGUGCCUCUUGUUCUCAUACCGCCGACCACUGCACUUCCUGUCCUCCUGGGCUUGUCCUUAGGGGUGACUUCAUCUGUGCCGAUGAGUGCGAGGAAGGGAGCUAUGCAGAUGAGGACAAUAUAUGUCAGAAAUGCAGUGAGCAGUGUUUUGAAUGUACCGGCCAUGCCUCUCAGUGCACAAGAUGCCCUCCUUUAUUCUACCUAAACACCGAGACCCAAAGCUGUGAUUCAUCUUGUACCAGUGGGCUUGUCAUGCGAGGAAACCGUAACAUCCGUCUUCGUGAUGGUGCGACAUCAUUGGAAGGCAGGGUUGAGAUUUUUCACAACAAUGAGUGGGGGACCGUCUGUGACGACGAAUUUGACAAUCUGGACGCUCAAGUGGUUUGCAGUCAGCUUGACCUUGGCAACGCGGUGGGAUUCUUCCUUGGUUCGAAUCCGGGAUCUGGUCCGAUCCUUCUCGAUGAACUCCAGUGCACUGGUGAAGAAGCCAACCUAUUUGAGUGUAUGCAUGGCGGUAUCAAGAGACAUGACUGUAGUCAUAAUGAGGAUAUAGGUGUGGCAUGCUCUGGACCAGAUACGUCCCUCAAGUGUGUGUCUAGCUGUGAAGAUGGCUUCUUUGCUAAUGCUGACUCCGAGUGUGAGAUGUGUAGUGAUGCCUGCCCAACCUGUGAAGGUACUGCCGAUACAUGUACCAGUUGUGUUGCUCCUUACUUCCUCAAUGGGACCAAGUGUGUUGACUCCUGUCCUAGGGGCGAGUAUGGGAACAUCAACACCCAUACCUGUGAACCUUGUCAUGAUGCUUGUGAGGAAUGCUUCGAUGGACAAACCAAUGAUAUGUGCAAGAUGUGCAAGUCUGACUUCUUCCUUCAAGGUUGGUCCUGCGUUUCUGAAUGUUCUGAUGGCUACCAGCCGUUGAGUGAUGUCCUUCUCAUGCUAGGACAGAGUGAAGCCGUCCGUCUGGUGGGAGGAUCCAACCCCAGGGAAGGGCGUGUUGAAAUCUCCCACGAUGGCCAGUGGGGAACCAUCUGUAACAACAACUGGGACUUGGUAGAUGCAAAUGUUGUAUGUCAUCAGCUUGGCCAGGGAAGUGCGGUAGAGAUCAUCACCGGAAGUGUCUUUGGCCAGGCUUCCUCAGACAUGCCAAUCUGGUUGACUGGAGUGGACUGUAAAGGAUGGGAGCUGGGUCUAUCCCAGUGCAUUAACAGUGGAUGGGGCAACACUGGCUGCUCACAUUAUAGUGAUGUUGCCAUCCGAUGCAGUGGAGUGAAUGACCAACAAAGAGGCAACAUUUGCAGACAGGUUACUUCAGCUUCAUGUGACAGCAUGCCUUGUAGCAGAGGGGUAGACUGUGUAGCAGUGAGUGAUGACCAAUCUGUUUGCUUAGAAUGCCCGGAGGGACAGGUUGGCAGUGGGAAUGAAUGCACAGUGGUGUCCAGUUACCCACCAUCAUUCUCUGAUGAACCAAAGAACCGGACGGUCAAUGCUGGCUCAGGGGCCAUCUUCCGUUGCAGAGCCGAUGGUCGACCUUCUCCAAGGGUUACGGUCAGGAGCUGGCUCAAGGAUGGUCAACCGUUGUCCCAGCUAGAUUUGAAUAGCGGACGCCUCAAGGUCUACACCUCCUCCGGCUCUCUCCAGUUUGUCAGGACUCACCGACAGGAUUCCGGGAACUAUACCUGCGUUAUCAAGAACACACAGGGUGUGAACUCCUCAAGUGCUUUCCUUGUUGUUAAAGAACGACCCCACAUCAUGUCUACUAAGCCUGAUGAGCGCGUCCUCGGCGAGACUGCUGAGCUACGAUGCACCGUGGUAGGUCUCCCAGAAUCCAACGUUUCCUGGAGACACAAUGGACAACCUGCAAUGGGUGAUAGAUUCCAGAGCUUCAGUGACAACGGAACGCUAUUCAUCAGGGAUGUACGACAUGAGGAUAAUGGGAUGUACGAGUGUGUGGCUGUAAAUCAACUCGGUAAUGAUACAGCAUCUGUGAAGCUGACUGUUUAUGAAGUGCCAACAUUCUUGGAAGGUCCUGAAGAGAUGGAAAUCAAGAUAGGUUCUGAUGUCCGGAUACCCUGUGUGGCGUCUGGUGUCCCCGAGCCUAGUAUUACAUGGAAGAAAGAUGGUCAGAUGAUAUCUCUUAACGGGAGGGUUGCCAUUCAUGAAGACAAGACGCUUGUGAUUCAUGAGUGUCAAAAAGAAGAUAUGGCUGAGUAUGCAUGCAUAGCAUCUAACAAGGUUCAGACCAGUACUAGAUUGGCUAGACUACUUAUCAUAGGACCCCCUCAUAUAAUUGAAAGACCUACAAACCAGACACUCGUCACUGGUGAGACGGUGGUAUUACCAUGUACGGUGAUCGGAGCCUUCAACCCCACUGUAACAUGGCAACACAAGGGAGAAGAUGUCAUAAUUGAUGAGCGCCAUCUAGUGACCGAUGGCACCCUAACAGUGACUGAUAUUGACCCCACUGAUGGUGGGGAGUAUGAAUGCACAGCUACCAACAAAGAGGGAGCUGUUUCUGCUAGCGCAUAUGUGUCUAUUACCGGUCCUGUUCGUUUAGGCCAACAUAAACAUGUAGGCUCUAACACAACUCUUAUCGCCAUCCUGAUCGUUGUCAUAAUCGUCAUUGUCGUUGCGGUUGCCUUCUAUGUACGACAUAGACGUCGACAGGGCCAGAAGAACAUAACUGCCAAUUCUAUAUUUAAGGGGACAACCAAUCCUCACAGCAUUGUGUUUUCAAGCAAUGGAGCAUAUCGUCAGUUCAGUGAUGAUGGCGAUGUUGAAAGCAGUGGUGAAGAAGUCAAAAAGAGCAGAAGUAAAUUAAAAUUUUCUCCAAAGAAAAGCAAACAGGGUAUACUACUUGAAGAUGAAUUAGAAGAACAACUAUGAGCUACUAUCAAAGUCUUUGAGAAAAUAUAAGUAAAACUUUGUAUUUUCUGCUAGUAAUGUUGCUUAAGAUUUAAAUUCUGGUUUUGGACAAAGUUUCUUCAUGUUUGUGUAUGGGACAAAAGAUUUAAUAUAUUUGUUAGUCUUAUUACAAAGGAGAUGGACAAGAAAUAUGAGCCGAUAUUUUGAACUCCAAUUUAACAUUGAACAGGCUGGUUUCAAUUGUGAGUUAACUAUGGUUGCCAAUGUCACAAAUAUCUGUAAAGGAUUCUUGCUUUAUCAGCCACUUAAUUACCCAAAAUAUUGUAUAACUUUGGAAAUGAUUAAUACAAUAGUUUUUUAAUUGAUAAAGCAUGAACAAGUCCGGUAGACAUUAGGAAUAUUCCAAUAUUCCAUUAGGAGUAUUCCAGUAUUUUACCUGUCCUUUGUUAAAUCUUAAUUUAGACCUCGGUUUAUAUUAAACUGGAGUAAAAAAAUAUAGGCUUUAUUGCUUGUUCUUUUUAUACCAAAAUCUUUAUAUAGCACAAAAUACAUGUAAAUGACUUGUGUAGUAUUCAUGUGCCUUGGGCACUAUUGUGAAUGUUCAAAUGUGAUUUUCAUGUCAUGUAAUAUACUUAUAUAUCAUGCCUUUGGGGCAUGUAUAAUUAUUUAAAAGAAUAAAAUGGUGUGUUGAUUGAAUUAUAUUGUUUGAACUGAGUGCCAAGUUUGAAUAAGAAUCAGAAACACUUUGGACAUAAUUUUCAAAAGUAUAUAUAUUAUUCUUAAUGCAGACAUAUUGAUUAGUGUGUCUAAAUGAGCUGUAAUAGUAGGGGUACUUGAGAUUAAAGAAUGUUUUCAAAUUUGACAUGGAAAUAUUUGAAUAUAAAUCUGAUAAAAUGAAACUGGAAAGGAAAAUGUGAAACAUAGAUGUCAUGAUGCAGUUUGACCUUUGAAAUGUGCUCUUCACCCACAAACUGUUUAUAUUCUUUUUGAGAGAGAUGUACACAUACAAUUAUCAAGACUUUUUCCAAAUACUGAAAUCAAUUAUCUGGAAAGUAUUCUUCGGCAGCUUCCUGAAUUUUUUCGUUUCAAAUUCCACUAAAUAUGGGUACUAAUUAUCUGUACGUUGCAAUGGACUUUAAACUUCAAAAGUUAUUGAAGAUCGGAUGAUAUGUUUUUAAUAACAUGUGCAUGUGUCGGAUUUCAGUAAUUUGCAAUGGUGACUGUUUAUAUAAAUCUCUGUCAUGGCCUUCCAUAAUAGUUAGAUACACAAACAGUAUUGUAAAAUUACAUUUUAAGGUUACACCCGUUUAGGCAUUCCAUAGGAAUAUCAGUGCUUCACAAUUUAUGUAAACUUAUCAUGGCCUUCCAU